AUGUGGCUUACCUUCGUGAUGGCGUUGAAAAAAAGUUCUAAUGUUGUCACUGUUGUGAUAUUGAACAGCGCGUUUUUUGGGUAUUUAUUUUUCGGUGAAUCAAUAUCUCCUACAUGGUCCAUUGGAUUCCUCUUCCUAAUUUUGGGAUGUUGUCUUCUGAGUGCACCCAAAAGCGCCACUGUAAAUAGUUGA